AUGUCAUCAUUAUUGGACUUUUGUAUUCUGUCAACAUCCGCUUCAGGUUCUCUUUUUAAAGAUUACGUAUUUGCAGAUAUAAGUAAUAAUCAUAAUACCUCCACUGUUGAUUCCACUACCGUCAACGCUAAUAUCCCAUCAACUAUAACAUCAUCAUACAACACACUGAAUCCCCAAAUCACCGUCAAUUCUUCCUCGACUGUUACAAUUUACGUAGACACUCCACGAAAAAGAUUUAUCGCAAACUCGGAAAUUUUAUCAGCUAACUCAGCGUAUUUUUGCAGCGUAUUCUCAAAUCAAUGGACGUCAGAUUGUUAUAAUCGCGAGCAGAAUGGAAGCAUUUAUCUUGAAUUGCCAGAUAUUGGAUAUAAGGUUUUUGAAGUUAUAUUAAGUUUUAUAAAUGAUAGAUCUUUGAAUUUAGAAAACUACGACAUAUCUUUUACCCUCGAAUUAUGUCUAACAGCCAAUAAAUUAUAUCUACACAAUCUAGUCUCACUUGUUGAAUCAUAUUUACUAAACACAAAAGUAGCACUAAUGCCGAAAAACUUGAAUCUACUACUUGGUUGGACAUUCAUCUACCGUCAGCAAUUUCCAAGUCUACGAUCUCGCAUUAUACAAAAUAUGAAUGUUCAACCGUGGAAAUUAACAAUUCAGAAAGUUUCUCAAUCGUUAGAGGAAUGGGUUUUACACGAAUUGCUUACGGAUAAAGAACAAUGCAUAAAUGAGGGUGUGCUUUGGGAUAUUAUUGUUAAAUGGUCAAUCGCACAAAAUGAUUUGAAAGCUUAUAUGAAAGCGGAUGAAUGGACGCUGGGAGAGUGUCAAAAGAUAAAAGACAAGAUAAACAGAUUCUUGCAUUUGAUUAAAUUUUCGGAUAUUUCAAGAAAUGAUUUUAUGGAUAAAGUUUUACCUUAUAAAAGAAUAUUAAUGGAUAAUGAUGAAUUGAUAAGCAACAAUGAUGCAUUAAACUAUUACCUAAAUGAACAAUUUAUUAACAAGAACGAUAGUGGUAAAUCAUCUAUAUUUUUCUCUCGAUCAUCGAGUCUAAUGUCCUCGUCAGCAUCGUUGAAACUUAAAAUUCAAGAUUCCGUGAUCAUAAACCACACACACGCCACACAAAUUGCAAAGUGGAUUCUCUCAGCAAAAUCAUCCAAAAGAAGUUCCCUUGCAGCUACGACCACAAGCGACUCAAAAAAAUCUUUAUUUCGAUUCACAACUCGUCGUUCAUCAACAGAUAACAUAAAACCACCACAAUUUUAUUUCAAAUUAUUGUAUCGGAAAAGUGCAAAUGCAUUUAUUAGUUAUCAUACGAAAUGUGAUAAUCAAGGGCCAACUGUAGUUGUGGCUAAAGUACACGGGAAAAAGACUGUGGUUGGCGGCUAUAGUCAUAUUGGAUUGAGCUCAAAUCAUACGGAGAUUGAAGAAAAUCUAGAAGCUGCGAAAAUGGGAUUUAUUUUUGGAAUGGGAGAAGAAUCAACUUUAAAUAAUUAUACUAAUUAUAAUAUCAAAGACAAUUGUACAAUUUCACGAAUUCUUCGAGGUCACGCUAAAUACUCGGUGCGAAACACAAAAAAUGGUCCAUGUUUUGGUGUACAUGAUCUGGAAUUAGAUAUCUGUGAUAAACCACAAAAAUGCCGUGCUUCUCCGUCGUGUUAUGAACAAGCGGUAUUAGACGUGAAGGAAUUUACGAUUGAUGAAUGUGAAGUGUUUCAGGUUUUAAGAAUUUGA